AUGCUAUGGCUCACAAAGGGCCGAGCCGUGCUUGAGACCGAGGAUUUAUCGAGGGGCCUGCAGUUAGCGGCAAAGCACCGCGGCCUGUCUGUCGUUAAGUUACUUCUGGAUAACGGGGCAGAGGUCAAUUACCGGGCGAAAUCGUCGAUGAAGACAGCACUGCACGAGGCUGUGCACAGGGAAAGCCUCGAAAUCGUCCAAUUAUUGUUAGAUCGAGGAGCGUCCCCUAGCCUUAGGUAUUCCUCAAACGGUGAUUCACCGUUGCAUACAGCGGCAGCGAUGGGCAAUACAGGCAUAUGCGCUGCGCUUCUCAAAGCCGGGGCUGACAUCAACGACUCAAAUGAGCAUUGGUGGACUCCGCUCAUGCUCGCUAUACGCAAUGGCACAAACACCGUGCGACUCCUGGUCGAAGGUGGAGCUGAUGUCAAUCAAACUGAGGAUGAAGGGUGGACGAGCCUGCACUUUGCAGUGGAUUAUGGGGGGCCUGAUCUGUUGAAAUACCUGCUGAAGCAUGGUGCCGACUCGACCGUCCAAAACGCCCGAGGAGAUACCCCAUUACGGCUUGCUGCGAGGUUGGGUAGAUUGGACAUCGCUCGAGAGCUUUUGGAGUGCGGAGUUAAUCCGUCUCUUGGACCUGGCUGUUGUACAGCUCUAGAAUGGGUACGGGGAGAGAAAUUACCGACUGGCCUUGCCGAACCCGCUCGGUUGUUACGACCAUAA